AUGAUGUCUUUGCUCCAUUCCGAGUGGACUGCAUUUCUCUCGCAGAAUCCCACUGUCAGCCAUGACGAGGAGAGCCGGAACGAGCGUUUCCUCUCUUCUCCAGAAGGUCGUGUAUGUGCUGAACGAGUAUCAAGCUUUGACACGACUGUCCCAGCCAGGGAUAACCAUCGGAUUCCCAUUCGUAUCUACACCCCGAAAGACCACACAUCCGAUGCAGUUGUCAUAUUCUACCACUCUGGAGGCUUUGUGCAAGGCUCUCUUGAAACGGAAGAUAUCUCGUGCAGGCACAUGGCACUCGGCGGACCCAGCACUGUCAUCAGCGUGGACUAUCGGCUCAGCCCGGUGCAUCAGUAUCCUAUCCCCAUCAACGACGGAUGGGAUGCAUUUGAGUGCAUAGUAACCAACCUCUCCACCGUCCUGCCGAAGCACUGCCCUCCUGUCAGAGUAGUGAUCAGUGGAACGUCAUCAGGCGGACAACUCGCCGCCAUCGUCUCGCAGAAGGCGAGGGACUGGCUGCGAGAUCCGAAGAAGGCAACUGCUGCUGCGAGCAUCACUCUGAGCGGCGUCCUGCUCCGCGCACCGGUGACUGUACGCGGCACGGAUGCGGCGUGGAUCCCACCGUGUUUCAGGUAUUUACACCAGUCGUGGACGGAGAACGUGGAGACGGAGAAGCUUGACAGACAAGGCAUGGCAGCAAACCAUGAUCUGCUUGGGGUUCCAUGUGCAGAGAGAGCACAUCCAGAGGCUUAUCCUCUCUGGGGCCGAUUUGACGGGCUGCCAAAGACGUACAUCCAGAUCUGUGAUGUCGAUAUUCUCCGCGACGACGCAGUGUGUUAUGCGCGAGGUCUUCAAAACGCAGAUAUCGAAGUGCGUGUAUCAAUCUACAAGGUAUGCUUCUGUCGAUCGUUGUGA